AUGCGUCCUUGGGUUUCUGCCAUCCAUCCGCCAUCAUCCACCCCGCCUUUCACCAAAUCUCCAACUCGAAAUCUUAAGGAACCAAACUCGCUAUUUCUGGAGUUGCACGCAUGCUCCCCUGGAGUCGAAACGAACUCAACUGGUGCUGCUGAAGUCGAAGAGAAGUCGCGAAACCAACUCGCUACCUCUGGAGUCGACAUGAACUCGAAGUUAAAGAGAAGCCGUGUGCGUGGUGCUGCUGAAGUCGAAGAGGAGGCACUCCUUGUGAUUUUGCCGUCCAUCCGCCAUCCGCCAUUCCUUGUGAGGAGGAAACCUAGUCGCCACCUCUUGAGUCGCCACCUCUGGAGUCGCCACCUCUGGAGUCGCCUCCUCUGGAGUUGA